UCUGCUCGGCGCCUGGGCCACAGCGCGGCCAUGGACGCGCCACCCCGGGGCAUCGGCACCUUCGUGGUGUGGGACUACGUGGUGUUCGCCGGGAUGCUGGUCAUCUCGGCCGCCAUCGGCAUCUACUACGCCUUCGCGGGGGGCGGCCAGCAGACCUCCAAGGAGUUCCUGAUGGGCGGCCGCAGAAUGACCGCCGUGCCGGUGGCGCUGUCUCUCACCGCCAGCUUCAUGUCGGCGGUCACCAUCCUGGGCGCCCCCUCCGAGGUCUACCGUUUUGGGGCCGUGUACAGCAUGUUUGCCAUCGCCUACUUCUUUGUGGUGCUCUUCAGCGCAGAGAUCUUCCUUCCGGUGUUCUACAAACUGGGAAUUACCAGCACCUACGAGUAUUUGGAACUUCGAUUUAGCAAAUAUGUUCGUGUGUGUGGAACAAUCAUCUUCGUUGUUCAAACAAUUCUGUAUACUGGAAUUGCUAUUUAUGCCCCUGCUCUGGCUUUGAAUCAAGUCACAGGAUUUCAUCUGUGGGGAGCAGUAGUGGCAACAGGGGUGGUCUGCACAUUCUACUGCACGCUGGGUGGUCUUAAAGCAGUUAUCUGGACAGAUGUUCUUCAGGUUGGGAUCAUACUGGCUGGAUUUUCGUGUGUGAUUAUACAGGCUGUGGUGAUUGAUGGUGGAAUCAGCACUAUUCUAAAGGAUGCCUAUGAUGGUGGAAGAUUAAACUUCUGGGAUUUUAAUCCUAACCCUUUGCAAAGACACACAUUCUGGACCAUCAUAAUAGGAGGGACCUUCACGUGGACCGGCAUCUAUGGUGUCAACCAAUGCCAAGUGCAGAGAUAUAUUUCCUGUAAAAGCAGAUUCCACGCAAAAAUGUCCCUCUACAUCAAUCUUUUGGGACUCUGGGCAAUCCUCAUCUGCUCAGUGUUUUGUGGACUCACCCUAUAUUCUAGGUACCGUGAUUGUGAUCCUUGGACAACAGAGAAAGUGUCCGCACCAGACCAGCUCAUGCCUUAUUUGGUACUAGACAUUCUGCAAGAUUAUCCGGGACUUCCUGGACUUUUUGUGGCCUGUGUUUACAGUGGAACAUUAAGCACAGUGUCCUCCAGUAUUAAUGCCUUAGCAGCAGUAACUGUGGAAGAUCUAGUCAAACGUCGUUUCAGAUCGCUCUCAGAAAGAUCUCUCUCUUGGAUUUCCCAAGGACUGAGCUUGCUGUUUGGAGCCCUGUGUAUUGGAAUGGCUGGAGUGGCAUCACUAAUGGGAACUUUGUUGCAGGCAUCACUCAGCAUAUUUGGCAUGGUCAGUGGACCACUUCUGGGCCUGUUUGCUUUGGGCAUUUUGGUUCCUUUUGCCAACUCAAUUGGAGCACUUGCUGGUCUGCUGACUGGAUUUGCUGUUUCUUUGUGGGUCGGAAUUGGAUCUCAGCUUUACCCUCCACUUCCUGAGAGAACUAUGCCACUAAGCCUUGAAACUCAUGGCUGUAACAGCACAUACAAUGGAACAAAUUGGAUGACAACCACAGAAAUGCCAUUGUCUACUAGUGCUUUUCAAGUACACAAUGUUGAAAGGACUCCACUGAUGGAUAACUGGUAUUCCUUAUCAUAUCUAUACUUCAGCACUCUUGGAACUUUGGUGACGUUUUUUGUGGGAAUGCUUAUCAGUUUACCAACAGGAGGAAGAAAACAAAACUUAGACCACAGAUUCCUACUAACCAAAGAGGACUUUUUAUCCAAUUUUGAUGUUUUUAAGAAAAAGAAGCAUGUUUUAAGCUAUAAAUCUCAUCCAAUGGAAGAUGGUGGAACUGAUAAUCCUGCCUUCAACCAUAUUGAAUUGAACUUCACAGAUCAAAGUGGCAAGAUCAAAGGGACUCAUUUGUGAAGGAGCUUGGAUACUAAAUGAUCUUAAACAGUGUCCCAGUUUUAUAUGUUUUCUAAGAUAAUUGGAUCAGGUUUAGAUUUUUUGUUGUUGUUGUCUAUCAUGAGUGCUUUGGGGGUAAGUUUUGGGGGAUAAGCUUUUGUUAAAGCAAAGUCCUGACUUUCUGUUCACUUACUACCCUCAUUAAUCGAUGCUAUUCUGGAAUCAGGAGUUUCAGCAUCAGCAUUUCCCUCGAUCUCUCUUUUAUUUCAACGAACCUAUAGUUGUGAAAGUUAUGAGAGUUAUGACUGCAUCUCUGUUGAAAAGCUAAUGCACACAUAUACACACAUACUUGAUGAUCAAAAGCAGAUUCUUAAAUUUGGGUAUUAUUAAAAAUAUUUUCCAUGCAUUUGCUGCUAGCAUAUAAGUUUUGGGGUUUGCCAUAAUCAUAACUUAUAUUGAAAAGAGCUUAUCUCCUCUCUACUACAUACUCUAUUCUUAGGGAGCAAUGAGGUGACAGGUCUCUGUUGUCUAGAUCUUUGCUUCUCAUUGACCCCUGUCAGCCCAGGGUGCAUAUUAACCUUGGAACAGAUUCUGUCUCAGGAAACUGGUAAUCAAGAAGCAUCCUGUUUGGGACAGAACAUGGGCCCAAUGAUCAAGGUCUUCUUGGUGCUAGGCGUCUUUUUUUGUGCCUUUUUGUUUAUUAUCUAGACUUCCUGGCCACUGGCUGCUUAUAGUGCCUUUCUUAAACUCUGGUUGGUAUCUGAACUCCUAGUUUCUGACCCAUCAACUUUGGUUUUGUUGUGCAGUUUACCUUUGCUUUACUUUACUGAUUUCUUGUUUACCGUAUUGCCUUGGGCUUGCAUAUGUCUUGAGAUACUCAAUAUGAAUCGUGCUACCCCAGAUCCUGGUUCACUAAGUCCCAGCCUAUAAAUUAUCAACUCUCAUGAGCCUGAUACUGACUAAAGUAUUUUCAGCAUAGGUACUUAUGGAUUUGGUGAUCCAAGAAUAUUUACAUGAUUAAAAAUGGUUAAGAUUCAUGAAGUUAGAUGAUGACAUUGAAGGCUAUCAAGCUGAAUUUUUGAGUGUCAACUAAUUUGCAAUCAAUUAAAUUUAAAGGUACAUAUGCUUAGAAAUCUUGAAUUCUAGUAUAUUCGUCCAGUUAAAGAGCUAAGUUACAUAGGCAAACACUACUAUUUUUCUUUAAUUUUUUGGAAUUACU